CGGUUCCGUAAUACAGCCUCACUUGUAAGUUCUAUCCUAUCGUUAAUUGGAAAAUUUAACGGUGAUUUACGAGACUGAAGUUGGUUAGUCCAAACUUUAUAGAGAUUUGGUGUACUGAUUCAAUUCCUUUUAAAUUAGAUACAAAACUAAUCGCUACUUCAAAGCUGAUCUUACCACUCUGUGUUUACUAAUACUAGUAUAUAUCAUAGACUCAUUACAUUAUUCACUUAAGUUAAUCACUUAAUGUUACUUUUACAGCUAUAGUGAUUUAAAAAAAAUACAGUUGUAACAGCAGUGAAACUGUUUAAAAUUAGGAACUUCCGAAUUUUGUCAGACGCAAUCAGUUUUUCUCUAAUAUGGAGAAGUGUAACUCUAUAAAAGAGCUAUUUGGUAUGUUAGAGUCAAGUGAUAGUAUUGUCGUUGAAGAAAUUAAAGUUCUCGUACAUGAAAGUUUGAACAACACUCGAGAGCCUUGGUUGCUAAAUGCACUCGUAGAUUAUUAUGUGGCUUUUCAGUCAGAAAGAUGCCUUGAUAUCAUAGUGGGUGUUCGUGAGCCACAUGAUAAAUUCUUAUUUGAUAAAUUGGCGGAAUGUUUGAAGGGAAAGACAAGACCACAAUCUCUAAUGCUUUUGGGACACGUUGUUCGUAAGCAACCGUCUUGGCUUUACAAAAUUGCUACUCAUAAGCUGUUUACAUCACUUCUUCAUGUACUGAAAACAGAUACAGAUAUACCAAAUUUAAUGAGUGCACUUUUAAUAUUAGUCACUCUUUUGCCUGUGGUUCCAGCUUCCAUUGGACCUUUUCUUCAAGAGAUAUUUGACAUAUUCUCCAGAUUAGCAGCAUGGAAUACAAAGAAACCAAGUAAUGUGCCAGCAGUUUUUCUUUUGCACUUACAGGUUGGUUUGUAUUCAUUGUUUCACCGCUUAUAUGCAAUGUAUCCUUGCAAUUUUUUAGCAUAUCUCAGAUCUUGCUAUGGCCAUAGAGAUCCAAACAGAGAAUAUUCCAACAGAGAUACUUUACAGGUAUUUACAAAAACAAUAAAACCAAUGCUUGAGCGAGUAAGGCUACACCCACUCCUAGUAACAGCUUCUAAGGAUGGUGAGCUAACAACUGCUAUGUGGAAGAAAAUGGAAAUGCAUGACAUUAUUGUUGAAUGUGCAAAACUUUCUUUGGAUGUCACUGAGGGAGCAUGGGAAGAAAGUUUAAAUGCUGGACAGUGGCUACACAACCAGUUAAGAGACCAGCGCUUUACUGGUUCAGAUCGGCACACUUUUACACCUAUUAAGUGACUUAGCUUAGUUGUUGGCCAAUUAACAUCACAGUAUUCUGCUUCAAAAGAUGCUGAUACACCAUCAGCCCAGGAUGUUAGUACUAGUGGUAACAUUUGGAGUCCUUCACACAAUUGUGGCUUGGCAACACCACCUGUUGCUCCUUCUGUAACAUCUGUUGAGCAAACAAGUUUUGUUGCUCCACAAACAAAUUCAACGCCACAAAGCCGGAGAAACAGUCCACCAUUGGAUGUAGCUGUUGAAGCAACCCCAGAUAAUCCAUUACGUAAUACCACCUCAUCUGAAGUUAAAAGCAUGGAUGAAACACAGAACAUUCUACAAAGUGUGAAUGCAUGUCUUGAUUAUGAAAAGCAAAAUGAGUCAGUUCAUUCAUCUUUCCAAACCAGUUUGACAAGUGAUACAUCUGAAGAUGCCAAAGAGGAUGAAGCAGCUGAUAAAGAAGUAUCAGACAUUGUUGAUAAUAUGAUUUCUUCAAAACCAUCAAAUGAUGAAGCAGGACAAGCCACACCUUUUUUGUCAACCACACAUAAUCUAACUUGUGGUUUGCCUGCUGAAAAAGUAGGUUAUGAAGUUCCUCUUGAUGAAAAUGAGCUUUACAGCAGUAACAAAUAUAAUGAAAAUCAUCUUCCCAUGGAGCAAUUUUUUAGAAAUAUAAGCAGACUACGUUACUUUAGUCAAUGUGGCCAACCUCCUGAUAUACCUGUUGAAUGGGUUCAGGAAUCUAAAUCUUUUAAAAGAGCUCAGUCAUGUCCAACCCUUCAACAAAUAGGUGAGGUCAGUGACUCUGUGACUGCAACAGAAAUAUCCAGACUAAUAGCAGACUCUACAAGUGGUUUAGUGAAACCAGAAGCUGGCAGUCCUUCAACAUCUAGGACUGCUUCUAGUAGUGAAGGGCCUUCUAUAAUUAUGGGAACUACUACUACUACUACUACUCCACCUUCUACAAGUUUCAUUCCUGUUCAGAAUGUAUCUUGUAGUUCCCAAACCACUACUGAACAAUUAUCAUAUGAACACCUGUUCUCUUUAGCUCUGAUGCCUCUUCCACACUUACUUGAUCCUGAGCAAUGUCAAGUUAGUGGGAACCAAAAAACUGUACAAGCGACAGAACAAACUAAAACUGUGUAUAGUGUCAACCAAUAUAGUACUUUGUCAAGUACUUUUACUCCUGAAGUUCCACUUUUCACAACUUUGUCUCCUCCAGAAGUGCUAGAUCGCCAUCUUCAAUUUGGUAGUGACAUCUACUUGAAGGAAGUCAGUAGUUUACCUUUAACCAGCUCCAAAAACACCAACUGGACACAUUUUGGUGGACAAGCUCCUAUAGAUGAGAUAAACAUUUUACGUGGACAAGUUUCUUUAUUACAUAGUCAGCUAUUGUAUGAAAGGCACAAACGAGAGAUUCAUGCUGAGAGAAAUCGACGAUUACUUGGAAAGGCUAAAAGAACCCGAGCUCUUGAAGAACAGAAUGUAGCAAUGAAAGAUCAGUUACAUCUGAUAGAAAAAGAAAGCCAAGAAUUAUUUUAUCAACUGAAUAUCAUGCAGCAGAAAAUAAUUAGCAUGGAAAAUGAUAAAGAUCAACAGGCUCAGAAGCUGCAAGACAAUUUAAAAUCUGCUUUAGAAGAAAAUGAGAGAUUGAAUUUUUCCAAUCGAGAAUUACAACAGUUACUGGUUUCCCAUAAACAGGAGAAUGAUUCUCUAAAGAAGGAAUUGCAAAAAACUCAAGCAGAGCUAUUUGAAGCUACAGUUGAGCUAAGUUCAGUACAGAGGGAAGCUGCUGGUUGUGAGGUGCUAAGAAAAGAAGUGGAUCAUCUUCGUAAAGAGUUGACAUUGUAUGGUGAAGUCCAUUUGCGCCUCAGGAAACAAGUCGAAGCUAGUCGUCCAAAGCCUCAGCUAGAGCAAGAGCUUGAAUUAAUGCAGCAGGCAGCAGCAGCUGAACUAAAGAACUUCAAAGAUAUAUUUAACACCAGAAAUGCUCACUUGGAAUUUUACAAGUCAGCACUGCAUGACCUGGAGAAAGUAUCAGCCACUAAAGAUACUGUAAUAAAUGAACAAAAAUCACUGAUGGAAACUUUGAAACAGACACAUAGAGAUCAAAUAAAGGCUUUGGAAAAAAGGAUUUAUUCUCUUCAGAACAUUUGCCAACAGUUGGAAAGCCACAUAAUGGAACUGUAUGAACAAAUAGACAAAAGCCAGUUUACUACACCAAGAAUACUGGGUAGAAGAGAACACACUGACAUCCACUCAUUAUCUACAGCAAGAUCUGAACAAGUAAGCACUAUUACAGACGAAGAUGGCAGUUCACAAAGAGACUUAAUUUCUUCCGUUUGCCAGACAACAAAUGGUACAACCAUUGCAGAAAGUAACCUAAACAAUUCAGGACAAAGCAUAGUUUCUUCUGACCAGUCAUUGUGGAGUUUAACUCAAUCAGUAGAACAAGAACUGGAUCAUCCACCAGCAGAAAAUCCUAGUGUUGAAAAUUCUUUAGAAAACAGUCAUUUCCUAGAUGUGGAGGGACCAGUAACAACUGAAAAAUGUCCUCAGUAAAUUGUGUGGUGUAAUAUAUAUUACUAAUCUAUUGUAAAAUCAGCUGUUUGAAGAAUUUUUGUGUUGAUUCAGUUCAGGUAUACAGUUCAUGUGCUAUAGAAACUGAUAAGUGUUUUAGCGUUAACUUAUCAACGUACCUGCUAAUGUAAAAGGAAAACAGUUCUUUAUGUAUCACUGAUUUAGCUUGUUUUUUUCAUCAGCAGUAGUUACAUUUAUGGGAAUUGAUGUUGAAUAUUGUGAUAUUCUGUGAACUUUUCAAUAUUUUAUUAAAUGAAGUCAAAUACUAAUGGUAUUUUUGAACAGAGAAUUAUGCAUAGGACAGUUAAGAAUAACUAAUACUAAAAGUUGAAGGUUUUGUACUAUGUAACAUCCCUUAUUGUUUCCAAAAAUAACUUUAACUUUUCUUAAAUUAGUUCUUAUGUCAUGAAUUAACUUAAAAUAGAAAAUAUCCAACAUUUGACAUUUUUAGAUAUAAAUGUAAAGAAGUUUUAAAAUCUGAAGAUAAAAAUUAUUCUUUCAAGUUAAUCAGUAUGUCAUUUAAUAAGUGUAAGAAGAUAAUACAAAUGAUUAAUAAAAAAUUUAUGUUAGUUGAAGCUCUUCAAACCCUAUGGCUAGCAAACGUUUUUUUUUUUUUUCAGUUUUGAAGAAAUGUAUUUAUACAAUGUUUCUUAGUUCUUUAAAAGAUAUUUGCUAUUGGACUACUUUUCAUACUUACUUAGCAGCAUAAUUUUGAUGGAGUAAUUUAAAGUUGUAAUAAGCUAAGUUUAUUUUAGUAAUGCUAAAAGUGCCCCUAAAUUUAGUGUGAUUUCAUACUGCAGUAUUACUACAUUUAAUAUAAAUUAUAUUAAUUAAGAGAGUCUGACGAAAUCUGUAUCUCAUGACAGUUUUACUAAAUGCUCAGAAGAUGGCGCUACUUAUCCUAUGGUAGAAAAUAAAGAUCCAAUGCUAGAAAUAAAACGUAUAAAAAUGCUAUGGACUACAUUGUAUAAAGAGUGAUUUGAAUUGACAUACUUAAUUUUAUUUUAAAACUUAAGAGUAUGCUUAUCACUGGCGAUUAAGUAAAUUCUGCACCUUUGAAUGAUGUUAUGUUUAUGCUAAAACUUGUACGCAUAACUUGUUUUACUAAAAUAGAGUAUUCGCUUUGACCUUAAGGAUUAAAAAUGUUUUUCUGUAAAUAAAAUUAAAAAGUUUACAGAGAAAACACUAUGAAUAACAGUUUGAGUUUUUAGAAUAACCAUUAAGAAGUUUGCAACACUAAGCUGUUGUAUUUCAAAUUGUUAAUUGUUUGAAUUUAUAGAAUUGUAUGGGAAUUUUAUUGCUAAUAAAAUUAUAUCA